AUGACGUCCCAAUCGGUUCAACCAGUACCAUCCCAAAUGAGCCAAUGUUCUCAAGAUAUUAAUGAAAGCAAUCAGUGGGAUAGCUUUUGGUCAAUGCAUGAGACUCCAAUGCAUACAAUAAGUGUCAUAACAUCAGCAGUAACCCAGGAAGAGAAGGAACAGUGGGAAGAAUACUGGACCAUGGACAGAGCAGGGACAGAAGAAUUUGGCAAUACUGAGAAAGACGCUAAAGCUGAAAUAAAUCAGAGAGUAUGGCAGUCGUUCAAUGCUAGAAUUCAACAGCGAGAUGAUGGAUAUUACGUCCACCUCCCAUGGAAAGAACAAUAUCCAUAUCUACCAGGCAAUAAAGCGUUGGCCAAGAAACGCUUGGUCAAUGUUUGGAAUUCUUUACAGAAGGACACGAAAAUACUGGACCAGUACGACAACUUCUUCCAAGAUCAGUUACAACAAAACAUAAUCGAGGCAGUGGAUGAAACAGCACCUCCUCAAGGAAAUCAAGUGCACUACAUUCCCCAUCAACCAGUAUUUACUCCACACAAAACGACGGGUAGUGUUCGACGCGUCCGCACACUAUAA